AUGAAUGCAAUCAAUUUUCUCCUCGUCGUAAUGACAAUCUGCAGCGGCCUUUCUUGGGCCAAUGCACAAUCACAGCUCGAAUCAGAAGAUCAGGCCCCGGAGCCUAAUGUGUUCGAUUAUUCCGGGAACGCGACAUCAUAUCAAGUGAGAAAUGAUGCACUUCGGGUGGUCGAACAGUUCGCAAACGCCCUUGGCAACUACUCAACUUCAAAUUCACUUGGAGACAGUUCCAAGACGGUAACCCUAUUCAAGGGUGUGGUGCAUGGAGCCAUGUCAUAUCAGCUAUACCGAAACGUUGGAAACUCAACUCAAUUGACCGCAAGUAAACUGCAAUCCAUGUCGACAGCUAUCAAUGAUACCUUGAAUAGUAUCAACGACGUUACAGAUCAACUAUUAUCCUCUUCCAACGGCGCUCUGAAGUUCAUUGACCUAAGAAAUUGCCUAUCCAACCUGAUUCAACAAGGCGGUCUCAAAGACGGGGAGAGUUGCGUCAUUCAAGGGCUUUCUAUCACAGGCGUUUCCGAGAUCUUGACAAGUGUCUUGCAAAACUUUGGCGAUGGGAUUCUACCUCCCAACAUAUUAGAAUUGACCACUGAAGCACUUAAUCCUGUGUUCACAUCGUUGAUCCCAGGAGAAGACAAGUUCUUCUCAGCUAUCGAAGGUGCGAUUGCGAGUGUCCAACGUGCAAUUGCCGGUGCAUUGGUCCAGGCUCUUGACGAUGCCUUCAGAUGUUUCAAAUCGACUCUAUUUUCCCCCAUGUCAUACGAGGAAAGACUAACCAUUACCAACCAGUUCGUUGGUUACGUGACGCCGAAUGUUUUGGAAAGCAUUCACAGUAUCUCGGAUGCAUACCUGAAUAAAGGAGUUCACGCCAAACCAGAAGAGAAAUUUUUCCGGAAUGCAAUCUCGAAUACAGUCGAAUCAAUAGUUGCUUCAAAUUCGGGAAAUGAGGUAAUCUACGCUUAUAAAAUCGCCGAUUGUUUGGAUACAGUUGUUGGAGUCACGGAUCCAGACACUGCAGCAAAUAAAGCAGCCACUGCUCGUUGCCUGGAAAAGCCUGAUGGCCCUCCGGCUGCACUUCGACAAAUCGUAUAUGGUUACAUUCAACAGAUUUAUGGAGUCCUGCCGGUGGAAAUUGCCCAAGAAAUGGAGGAGAUUGACGUCAUGAAUCUUGAUCGGUCUUCUCCCAAUUUCAACCAGAAGUUGGCGGGAUCCUGGCACCAUCUUCAAACAACACUCAACUUGUCUGCUUGCUAG